GCGGGGCGGCUCUGGCGGGAGGCGGCGCCAUGGGGCUGCACGGCGUCAAGGCGGUGUUCUUCGAUCUGGACAACACGCUGAUCGACACGGCGGCGGCGGGGCGGCGCGCCAUCGAGGAGGUGGUAAGCGCCCUGCAGUCCAAGCACCGCUACGGGGAAGGAGAGGCCCGCGCCGUCUGCGAUAAGGUCCAGGCCAAGCUCCUCAAGGAGUGCCACGAUCCCGCCAAGAUGUGCAUCACGGACCUGCGGAUUUCGCACUGGGAGGAGGCGAUCCAGGAGACCAUCGGGGGGGAGGCGAACCGCGACCUGGCGGCCGAGUGCUAUUACCUGUGGAAGACGACGCGGCUGCGGCACCUGACGCUGGCCGAGGACACGCGGGCCAUGCUCACGGAGCUGCGGAAAGGCCUCCGCCUGCUGCUCCUCACCAACGGCGACCGGCAGACGCAGAGGGAGAAGAUCGAGGCGUGCGCCUGCCAGCCCUACUUCGACGCCAUCGUGGUGGGGGGAGAGCAGAAAGAGGAGAAACCGGCGCCCUCCAUAUUUUACUACUGUUGCGAUCUCCUGGGCGUGCAGCCCGCAGAGUGCGUGAUGGUCGGUGACUCUCUAGAUACAGAUAUUCAAGGAGGCCUGAAUGCUGGCUUGAAAGCAACGGUCUGGUUAAACAAAGCGAUGACCGCCCCAGUAGAUACCUCCCCCGUACCCCAUUAUAUUAUUUCUUCUGUACUGGAUCUUCCAGCGAUUUUACAGCAGAUGGAGCACGGUGCUAAGUUAGAAACUGACCAUAUAGCUAGUAGCAAUGAAGCACAGUGAUGAUGGUUCCAGCACGCAGAGACCUGCUGAGCUGUUAGGUGACACAUGCUCUUUUUAAAAAUCCGACCUUAGGGGUCUGAACUCCUCUAUGGUCUCUUUUAAACAGCACAGGGAUAAAUAAGAGCACAGUUGUCAGUGAAAACAGGACGGAAAAACAGAAUUGUAUUAAUUUAAAUGAUGCAAGUGCAGUCAAUUUAAAGCAACUGCCUCUGUCUGGAAAUUAUUUUGACAGACUGUGGCAGAAGUCUGUCUGUCUCUGACCUAAGUUGCCAGUCUUUUGUUUCUGUAGUGGAAAAGAAAAUUUGAAUGUUCUGAGCUGUCACAUGCAUUGCUGACUUGUAAGCUUAGCAGGAGCUUCAGUUCCAACCUUGUGUGCAGUGUGUAAAGAGAAGGUGAGAAAGUGUGGUACAAUCUGGUAAAUCUUCACAAUUGAUCCGCAGUUUAUCACAGGAACUGGAGUGAAUUUCAUUAUUUCUCCGACUAUUAGAAAUGCUCUGCCUUUGAUCUUUUUUUACAAGUUUUAGAUUUUUUUUUCAGACUUUGCAGUGAGUUUUCUUUUAUGAAACCUCUAUCUCUUGCCAAAAGCACUUCAAUGUGCAUCAAAAAUUUGCUUUUUUAUCGGGGACCAUUUAUCAGAGGGACUUGAUGAAUAAGCUUCUACUCUAUAUUAUCUUGGUGCUUAUACAAGUAUACUUGUAAUUCAGAUUAUGAUUUUUGUUGAAAUGGAUAAAACAGGGAUAUUUUCAAUGGUGUUACCGUACUGUCAGACUCUUCAGAAGCUAAUAUCAUUGUUCUGUCUGAUUUUAUCAGUGAAUUUUGAUCAGACUUUUGGGAGAAACUGUUCCUCUUCUUGCUCAGGUGUAUUACUACUCCAAUUCAACUGCAGGAUCAGUGGGUUUUUUGAUUAUUUUAAUGGAACAGCUAUAUAAUCCCCUCCUUACUCCAGUUUGCAUAUGUAAUUCACGUGAUUUAUUCUGGAGAAAAUACAAGCUAGUUGUCUGUAAGUGGCUCUCAAGACUCUCCUCCAGGAAACUGGAAACUGAUGUCAUAUGUAUUACAGUACUGUAUACAACUUUAUAAGGUAUAUGUGAUAUCUCCACUUCAUGUAUGAGGUGACUGUCUAAAACAGUAAGGUUUCUCUUGCCCAGAUCAUUACAUUAAUUUAUUUUUUUCUGUGUAUCAUAUUGUUACUACAUAAUGGGGACGUAUUCUCGAGAACGUUAAACGGAAAUGUAAACACUUGUUGGCAAGUCUGUGGUUUUCAACACUAUUUUCUAUAUAUUCACUGGGAUGAAUAUCAGACCAUAUAUGAAAAAUCAAAUUUUAUAUUUUGGAAUAAUUCCAUGACAGAUCUUUUGAGAACAGGGGUAUUAGGCUACUGGCAGAGGAGUGUCUGACAUGCGUGCAGCAAGGACAGAAACCUACUAUGAAAUGAGUGUGAAUAUAGAAGAAAUUCUAUAUACAAGAAACACUCAUGUCAAAUUAAACCAGGGAACCUAAGUUAAUGCAUUUAAGUCUUGCAUAGGAUGACAGAGUCAGUUUAGAGGAGGCUGUUACUGCUCUGGGUUCAAUUAUUUGACAAGGACUUUAGGUUGGAUCAAAAUAUGUUGCUCCUGCAUUUAGGAGGGGAGAAAAAGAAAUACUCAUUAAAUGUGAAACUCCUUUCCCAAUUGUCCAUUAGAAAAGGUAAAGCAGUCCACACUCCUUGUCUUACCUAGCCAAGACUGUUGAGAUGCCAGGUCAAGGAAGAGUACAGAGACAGACCCCACCUAUUCCUGUGGGGAAAUGGGCAUAUACUGAAAACAAUCCAAUUACAGUAGUAUAGUAAUAUGAACCAGUGGCACUGACUUGUCACAUAUUCUGGAGGAAGAGGCCUAAGUUAAGAUUUUGGGUUGCAUUUGAAGAGUGUGGAGACAGUCACUGGUUUAGCUGAUGGGCAAAGCAUUGCUAAUAACAUUUCUUAUAAUGGAUGAUUGAGACAAGAAUAAUGAAGAUCAUUGAGCCUGUCAGGGAUACUGUGUAAAACUAGAAAUGUAUCCAAAAGAUUGGAUGGAUCCCUGAAGUAAUCUAACCAUGCCAUCUGAUACAAAAGCAGCAACGUUGGUUACAACAGCAUCCCAAAGGAGCUACAGGGUAACUGACUCUGCCUUGUUUGCACAGCAGCAGGAUAGUAGAACUUAGGUCAGAAUGAGGUUUCUGAUACAGCUGAUAUUUAAAAUAACAAAUAGUAAUAAUUCACAAGUCUGUUCUGUGGGCUUGAAGGAGAUAUAGAUAUUUAUCUCUCUCUAUAUAUAUUGCACCAGGUUACCAUUUUCUAUUCUAAGUUGGAGCUCAUAUUCUCUGGCCACUGCAUCAUUCUGAAGUGGCAUGCUGAGCCUGCUUAUUGUAGAAAAGGUCUCUUGUUUCAGAAGAGACUGUUCUUUGUUUUGCAAAUGGCCAGCCAUUUCUUUUCAUAUCUGAAAAAACACAGUAAAUGCACACUCAGGUGACAGCAUGGUCUGUAGAGGCCACACCGGAGUAUAUUUUUCCAUUUCUGAGUACUGUGCCCUGCUGGAUGUGGCUACUGGUGUCCAGAGAGGGAAACAUUGUUAUGAUUCUUCUAUAAAACAAGAAGAAACAGUAGAAGAUUUUGUCUUGGGCCAUUCUUAGAAGCACUUACCCAAUAAACUGGAUUAGUAUUGGAGUAUCUCUAAAUAAAUACUCAGAAUGUUUUUCUUGGAUGGAGCUCUUGCGGAAAGGAUAAUGAAAAAUAAUUACAUCUAGUAAAUUGGAAACAUAAAUGUAGUGAUGGGAUAAUUUUCACAUCAGAAGCAGGAACAAGUCAAUUAAACAGUCUAUUAACAGUUCCCAUUAUGUUCUGGUUUUGCUUAGUGUUAUGCUCUGUUAGCUAAGUUAUCUAGUUUAAACUAUGUUGCCAAAACAUGCAAAAUAAAAAGAGGAAAAAGAAAUUCCAUCUAUAUUUUUUAAAACCUUUCCCCCCCCCCCCCCCCCCCCCCCCAGAUAAAUAUUACCUCCUGAGGUUAAUCUACAGUAACUUUGACUUUGGUGAAAUGAACUGGAAGAAUCGUUUCAUGCCAACUGUAUUCUAAUUCUUGAUUUAAAAUAACCCAUGUACUAGUCUAAUAAAAGUAUUUUGUUUAUAAACUGUAAGUUUGAACACUCUGAAUUGCUGUGGGUAAAUACGUUUGAGACCUGACUGACAACAAAUGGCAAGAGUUCCAUUUGUUUUUUAAAACAGCACAG